AUGGCGCAAAAUACACAACAAUUCGGUCUCAGGAGGUCCGACUUGGGUAAACGAAUGGAUGAGGGCCAGUCGAGUAUGAUGGAGGCUCAAUUAGCUAAUUUAACGGUUAUUGUAAGUAAGUUGAUGGCUGGAGGUAUUGCGAAGGCGUCACUAUGUGGCAUUUGUUGUUUAGAAGGACAUACCACAGAUAUGUGUCCGACAUUACAGGAAAGGGAAGCUAACGCCGUCUUUCCAAAUCAGAGAAGAGCCUCCUCGACCGACGUAAAUCUUGGGAACUUGCAAGCACAGGUAAAUAAUCGGUUACCAUCACAGCCCGUGGCAAAUCCGAGGGAUAAUGUCAAUGCUAUAACCUUGCGAAGUGGGAAGGAGUUGAGAUCGAUCCUAAAGAAGGUCCAAAACAGCGACAAGGAAGAUAACACUAAGGAAACGAGGGUUCCCAAGAUUCAAGCACAGGUAAGUCAGAACGCUAAUAAUCAACCUCGGUCUUAUGUGCCGAAGGCGCUAUUUCCACAGCGUUUGAGGAAGGAAAAGUCAGACGACGUCAAUGCCAAAAUUCUAGAGACUUUCCGCAAGGUACAAGUUAAUAUUCCAUUGAUUGAUGCAAUAAAACAAGUGCCUAGAUAUGCUAAGUUUUUGAAAGAAUUAUGCACAUCUAAAUGGAAAUUAAUUGGAAAUGAAAAAAUUAGCUUAGGCGAAAAUGUCUCUGCGGUAUUUCAAAAGAAACUCCCAACUAAAUGCAAAGAUCCGGGAAUGUUUUCGAUACCUUGUAAGAUAGGAGACCUUAAACUUGAUAGAGCUAUGCUUGAUUUGGGAGCUUCUAUAAAUGUCAUGCCUAGGAGUAUUUACGAUAGGGUUCAAUUAGGUGUAUUAAAAGAUAAAGGACUGAUAAUUCAACUUGCAGAUAGGAGUAAUGCCUACCCUGAUGGUGUUUUAGAAGAUGUUCUAGUGCAAGUAAAUGAAUUAGUCUUUCCAACUGAUUUUUAUGUUUUAGACAUGGGACCUAAUGAUAAUUCAAUUGAUGUGCCCUUACUCUUAGGAAGACCUUUUCUUAAGACAGCUAGAACGAAAAUUGAUGUGCAUAAUGGGAAUUUAACUAUGGAAUUUGAUGAUGUCUAUGAAUUAGGGGAUGAGGAUGAGUUGAAAAGCAUCCUGGCUAAGAGCAUUUUUGAUAUUGAUGAGCAAGAAUUUAUCGUUUCUGAUUCUUUAAUUGACUCAGUUUGUGCAUUGGACUCGCCCAAAUUGACACGAUUCAAGCUGAUGCUCCCUGACCUUACGGCGACUGAUAAGCAAGUUCCUUCAUUGAUUUCACCACCUAAAUUGGAAUUAAAAGAGCUACCAGAAAAUUUAAAGUACAUUUAUUUGGGGGAAAAUCAAACUUUUCCAUUGAUAGUGUCGAAUGCUUUAACUGAAAUGCAAGAAUCUAUGCUGCUUAGAGUUCUUAGGGAACAUAAAGAAGCCUUCGGUUGGACACUAGCCAAUAUUCAGGGCCUUAGUACGACUUUAUGUACUCACAAGAUAGCCUUAGAACCAGAUUCAGUCCCCAAAAGAGACCCCUAA